ACUGAUUGGCUGUCCCGGCAGCGGCUGCCGAGCAGCCCCGCCUCCGACCCUGCCGGGUGCCCCCAUUGGCCGACGGCCGGCGUCGCCCUCGCGGCGGGAGAUUCGCGGGGCCCGGGGUCGCCGGUCCAGCGCCAUGGAGCGGCUGCGGGACGUGCGGGAGCGGCUGCAGGAUUGGGAGCGCGCGUUCCGGCGGCGGAGCGGGCGGCGGCCGGGCCAGGAGGACGUGGAGGCGGCGCCGGAGGAGACCCGAGCGCUCUACCGGGAGUACCGCGCCCUGAAGGGGGCCCUGGGCCGGGCCGGCGGCAUCGGACCUCACAGCCCCAAGCGGUCGCUUCUCGCGACGGCCGAGGAGAUGCAGGAGCCCAGCUGCUGGGGGCCGCACUUGAAUAGGGCUGCGACCCAUAGUCCACAUCCUACUGUUUCUGGGCCAAGCCCUGUGGGGUCUGUGCCAGACUACGGGAAAAGGCUUAAAGCCAACCUAAAGGCCACCCUGCAGGGUGGGCCAGCCCUGGGCCGCAUACCCCGGACUCCACGAAGACCCUCGUCCAAGACGCCCUCCCUGGGGCCACCAGGUGGAGAGGCUGUCCGCAUCUUUCCAGAAGUCGUCAGUGAGGUGCUCCUCCAGCCUCAUGGGCCCCAGCUGAGGCCAGGCCGCCUCCAACAGCUACAGGCAUCCUUGAGCCUACGACUGAGCUCCCUAGACCCUGACUGGCUACAGCGGUGUCACAAUGGGGCCCCAGAUUUCCUGGGGGCUUCCAAGGCCUGCCAGCCUAACCUGGGUGUACAGGAGUCACAGCCUCUGACUCCAGGUGUCCCAUCUGUUCUUGGUCCCAGCACUGGCCCUGAGACUCGAGCCCUACAGAUUGCUGGAGUCAGUGCAGGGAGCCCCCGACCUGGCAACAGUCAAGACAAGAAGUGGAGAUGGAGUAGGGAACCAGAAGGGAGCCCUGCACAGGCCCAGCAGGACGGUGGCCAGGCAGGAUCUCUGCCUGAGGAAGCUGGGGCUGCGGAACAUACAGGGGACUGUCCAGGAGAACCCCUGUGGGUACAGCCCCCCAGCGCCCCCAGAGCCUCCAGGUACCACAGCUUCAGCCCCGGUGGGGUCAUUGUGAGACGAGACAGGGUGGGGCAGGCUUUGGGGAUGCUCUCCUCGUACGUCCUGUCUAGGUCAGCUCUCCGCAGCGGAGGUAAUUACGUCCGUCUCAACAUGAAACGGAAGCGGUCCGUGCGGGGCCCGGCACUCCGGGGCAGGCUCCUCCGCAAACAGAUGUGGAAGCAGAAGUGGCAGAAGAAAGGGGAGCGUUUUGGAGGAGGUCAGCCCAGAGCUGCAGCCAAGAAUUCUUGCUUCCAGUGUGGGCAGCUAGGCCGCUGGUCAUCCCAGUGCCCCCAGUCAGAGCCUACCCUGGACCCCCAGAAGAGCAGCGAGGAUGAAGAGGACGUGCAGACCCAGCUCACCUUAGAGGAAGUAGUCAGGAGGACGGGCACUGCCAGCUGCCAACUCCCUGUGAGUGAGAAAGAUACAGAGCCUGCUGGGCCUGAGCCGUUGGUGACCGUGGAGCGGCCUGUGCCCCAGGCGCACUGCCCAUCCCCCAUCGUGCCACCACUCUACCCACCAGGGCCCUCGGGGCAAGUGGCAGAGACACCAGCUGAGGUGUUCCAGGCCCUAGAGGAGCUGGGGCACCAAGCCUUCCGCCCUGGGCAGGAGCGUGUGGUCAUGCGGAUCCUUUCUGGCAUGUCCACGCUGCUGGUGCUGCCCACUGGUGCUGGCAAGUCCCUGUGCUACCAGCUCCCUGCGCUGCUUUACGCCCGGCGGAGCCCGUGCCUCACGCUGGUCAUCUCUCCCCUGCUGUCUCUCAUGGACGACCAGAUGUCUGGCCUGCCUCCGUGCCUGAAGGCGGCCUGCAUCCACUCAGGCAUGACCAGGAAGCAGCAGGAGUCUGCCUUGAAGAAGGUUCAGGCGGCCCAGGUGCACGUGCUGAUGCUGUCCCCCGAGGCGCUGGUUGGGGCUGGGGCAGGGAUCCCUGGCCGCCUCCCUCAGCUGCCUCCAGUCGCCUUUGCCUGUGUCGAUGAGGCCCACUGCCUUUCCCAGUGGUCCCACAACUUCCGGCCCUGCUACCUGCGUGUCUGCAAGGUGCUGCGGGAGCACAUGGGCGUGCACUGCUUCCUGGGUCUCACGGCCACGGCCACACGCAGCACCGCGAGAGAUGUGGCCCAGCACCUAGGCGUGGCCGAGGAGCUUGUCCUCAGAGGGCCAGUCACCAUCCCCGCCAACCUGUACCUCUCUGUGUCCAUGGACAGGGACCCAGACCAGGCUCUAGUGACACUGCUGCAGAGUGAUCGUUUCCGUGCUCUGAGCUCUGUCAUCGUCUACUGCAACAGACGUGAGGACACAGAGCGUGUCGCCGCCCUGCUCCGCACCUGCCUGCGUGAGGCCCGGGACCUGGGGCGUAGAGGACAGGCCCCCAAGGCUGUAGCCGAAGCCUACCACGCCGGCAUGUGUAGCCGGGAGCGGCGGCGGGUGCAGCAAGCCUUCAUGGACGGCCGGCUGCGGGUGGUGGUGGCCACAGUGGCCUUCGGAAUGGGCCUGGACCGGCCAGAUGUGCGGGCCGUGCUGCACCUGGGGCUGCCUGCAAGCUUCGAGAGCUACGUGCAGGCUGUGGGCCGGGCCGGGCGUGACGGCCAGCCAGCGCAUUGCCACCUCUUCCUACAACCCCAGGGCCAGGACCUGCAGGAGCUGCGGAGACACGUGCAUGCUGAUGCCACCGACUUUCUCGCCGUGAAGAAGCUGGUCCAGUGUUCCUUCCCACCCUGCACUUGCACCCACGCCCAACGGCCCCUGGAACAGGACGGAGCCGAGAGCCAGGAGAGGCCUGUGGCCGUGUCCCCAAGAGAGGCCAAGCAACCCAACAGCGAGCGUACAGCCCGGUGUCCGGGCCAUGAGCGGGCACUCCCAGUGCAGCCGCUGGUGCAGGCCCUGGACAUGCCUGAGGAAGCCAUUGAGACCUUGCUGUGCUAUCUGGAGCUACACCCACAGCGUUGGCUGGAGCUGUUAGCACCCACCUACGCCCACUGCCGCCUGCGCUGCCCUGGGGGCCCCCCCCAGCUCCAGGCCCUGGCCCACAGGAGUCCCCUCCUGGCUCUGUGUUUGGCCCAGCAGCCACUGGAGAGCACAGGUGGGGGAAGUUAUUCUGUAGAGUUCGAUGUCCUAAUGGCCGACUCAGUGGGCUGGAAGCUGGCCUCCGUACGGCAGGCUCUCCGUCAGCUGCAGUGGGAGCCAGAGCCCGGGACAGGUGCACCUCGGGAGACAGGGGUGCUGGUGGAGUUCCGGGAGCUUGCCUUCUGUCUGCACAGUCCUGGAGACCUGACAGCCCCUGAGAGGGACCAGAUCUGUGACUUCCUGUACAGCCACAUACGAGCCCGAGAGCAGGAGGCCCUGGCCCGCUUGCGCCGCACUUUCCAGGCCUUUCACAGCGUCGCCUUCCCCAGCUGUGGGCCCUGCUUGGAGCAGCCUGAUGAGGAGCGCAGCGCCAGGCUCAAGACUCUGCUCAGCUGCUACUUCGAGGAAGAGGGGCCAGGGCGCGUGGGAGAUGAGCAGGGCCCAGAGCCGGGACAGACCGGGAUCCAGGACUGGGAGGACCAGGUUCGCCAGGACGUCCGUCACCUUCUGUCCUCGUGGCCAGACCAGCAGUUCUCAGGCAGGGCUGUGGCACGUAUCUUCCACGGCAUCGGAAGCCCCCGCUACCCAGCACAGGUGUACGGGCGGGACCGACGCUUCUGGAGAAGAUACCUGCAUCUGAGCUUCCCCGGCCUGAUGCGCUUAGCCACAGAGGAGAUCUUGCAGUGGGGCCACUGACCACCUGCCAUGGGCGGGGGCUUCGUGGCCACAGUGUGGAGGGCGGCAGGUGUGGCAGGGAAAAUGGACAUUGGUGGCCACAACAAUGACUGACUACCUUGGGCAAAGCCCACCACCAGAAGUUUGGGGGUAAGGAGGCCCAAAAUGCAGAAUAAAAAAUGCUCAAGUCA